GACAACAGUGUAACGAAGAGACGCAGCGCGGUUGGAGCAUACUCCUCGACCAUUUCUCUCCCUUUCCCUCGGCCACAGUGUAUCGCAUCGCAUACCUGCGGACCUUUUUUUGUUGACGCUCCCCCCGCCGGCCGGCUCGGGCUCUCGUGCGCACGCUCACAACGUCUCGAGUCGCGCCUCCGUAAGCGUGUUCGCGUAUCACGACCGGACAUCGGCGCCCGCGCGUAAACAUUCUCGUCUACAAUGACAUCUUUCAUUAUCUGAUUCACAGGAUAUCUUCGACAAAAAUGAAGUGCUUUGUUGCCGUUCUAAUUAUAGUGACUCUCGCGACCGAUGCUGUCUCCGAGGCGUCAGUGCGAACAUGUGAACCCAUAAAAGUGGCAAUGUGCAAGAACAUAGGAUACAACCAGACCGGAAUGCCCAAUCUGGCACGACACACUCUCCAGGCUGACGCGGAUGUUACGUUACAGACUUUCAGCCCUCUAGUGCAGUAUGGGUGCUCCUCUCAAUUGGACUUAUUCUUGUGCACUGUGUACGUUCCUAUGUGUACUGAUAAAGUUGCACUUCCCAUUGGGCCCUGCAGAGGACUUUGUGAAAGCGUGUAUGAAAGGUGUUAUCCUGUACUUAGUGAGUUCGGUUUUCAAUGGCCCGCGGAACUAGACUGUUCUCUUUUUCCCGCAGAGAAUAACCACGAGCAUAUGUGUAUGGAAGGACCAGGUGAACGAACAGCGCCUGUCGGGACUGUGACUCUAGAUUCUGUAAAUGCAGGCGGAAGAAGUGCUUGCCGGAGACUAAUCAAGCCCAAUAGUUGGGUAUGGGUUCGGGGAUCUAGCCGUUGCGCACAAUUUUGCGAGGCUGAAGUACUUUGGGAAUCUGGAGAGAGACGAGCAGCUGAAGUGUGGCUAGCGACUUGGGCUGCACUUAGUUUUGCAUGUACCUUGGCGGCUGUCGGUGCUCAGCUAGCCUGUGGGGACCGUGGUAGUGCCGGAGAAAGAGCCUUGGUGCUGGUGGCGCUAUGUCGUUGUGCCGCCGCCGCCGGCUGGGGCGUUCGUGCGGCCGCGGGCCGGACAGCUGCUGGCUGUGCUAAGGACUCCACGACACCUACUCGCAUGCUGCUAGCUCAUGAUGGCCUUGCCAAUCCAAACUGCGCCGUCGUUUUCUUACUUCUCUAUUACUUCGGACUAGCAGCUUCUGUUUGGUGGGUGGUAGUAGCAGGUGCUUGGCGAGCGAGCGUGCUGCGUCCAUCAGUGACGACGUCUGGCACUGGUACACGUAACGACCGUCACUCCUCGCUGCUACAACUCGCGGCGUGGGGUGUCCCAGCAGCACUGGCAGCUGCUGUUCUUGUCACCAGAGACGUGGAUGCAGACGAACUUACCGGGACGUGCUUCGUCGGCAAUCAAUCCAGCAAGUCAUUACUGGCAUUAGUUAUCGUGCCUGAAGCAAUAUGCUUGCUGCUGGGCACCGUGUUCCUCGCGACGGGGCUUCGGGCGAUUUUGCGGCGACCAGUGCCAGUACCAGCGCCGACAGCGCUCCUGACAUCGCCACCGCAGCAGAUCACGGAUCAAACCCUGCUUAGGUUGGGUGCAUUUGCGGCACUCUAUGCUGUGCCCUCCACCUGCAUCUUAGCCACUUGGGUCUACGAGUAUGCGUGGAGGGAGGAUUGGCUAGCAGCGCCUGUUCCCACAGAGAUACCGUCGACGCAACCCCGUCCUGCUUUUUGGGUGUUCCUGUUCCGAAUAUUCGCGUCUCAAAUACUUGGAGUGAUGGUAGCAGUAUGGAUCGCCACUCCAAGACUAAAGGCCUUGUGGCGUAAAAUCGCAGGUCCUCGGAAGCCGCCCCUGACUAAAUGUCCAGCGGGACCACCGCCCACACCUUUGACUCUACAUUGUUAUGCAACACAUUCUCAUUCGUUGUCGCGAUCACAGAUGCACAAGUAUGCUACAUACAGACCUCCCCAACAACAUUCUUAUAGAAAGCCUCGACAUUACCAUUAUUCAGCGGGAGAAACGAUUCUUUGACCAAUUUCAAUGUGAACCAUAUUGCUCAAAAUGAAAAGACAAUUGUUAUUUUAAUAUAGUGAUCGCAUAACUCGCAUUUAUAGUUCUAACGUUUUUAGUGUGUCUUAUUAAUUAAUUGUUGUAGGUGCCAUUAUUUAUUUGUGAAGUGAUUGUUUAUGUUAUAAUGAUUAAUCUAAUUUAUGUAAUGUUUAGAGACUUACUCCUAA